UACUCAUCUCUCUCUGUCAUAUAAAUAUAUUUUUGGGAUGGUGGUUACCUACAAACACAAACACAAACACAAAAGAACAGGGAAAAUUCCAAUUCUGUUUCAUCACCACCGAUACAAACACCGAGGAGGAGAGAGAGAGAGAGAGAGAGAGAGAGAUGAUAAGUUUCAGGGACCUCUACAGUGUGCUAAGCGCAGUAAUUCCACUCUAUGUAACCAUGUUAUUGGCAUAUGCAUCAGUGAAAUGGUGGAAGAUCUUUGGGCCUGAUCAGUGCGCAGGCAUCAAUCGAUUUGUUGCCAUUUUCGCAGUCCCCCUACUUUCUUUUGAAUUCAUUUCUCGCAUCGAUCCCUAUAAUAUGGACCUUCUCUUUGUUGCAGCUGAUUCUCUAUCAAAAAUCUUGAUUCUCUCUUUCUUGGCUUCAUGGGCCAGGCUCUCAUCAAAAGGCAGUAUAGAUUGGGUCAUUACCCUGUUCUCGCUCGCAACCCUCCCCAACACCCUUGUCAUGGGCAUCCCUCUCGUCAAGGCCAUGUAUGGGGAUGACAAAGAAAGCCUAAUGAUUCAGGCCGUGGUCUUACAGUGCAUUAUCUGGUACACCAUGUUGUUGUUUCUAUUUGAGUACAGGGCAGCUAGAUUGGCAGUAAUGAAGGGGUUUAACACUGGAUCAGAGAGUGGAAGGAGAGAUAAAGUGGAGGAGAUAGAGAGUGGGAUGAGAGAGAAAUUGGAGGAGAGUCAGAAGGGAGAAGAUGAAGUGGUCCAUGUGAUGGUCGCGAAGAACUCGAAUUCCCCAUCUCAUAGCUCAAAUAGAGUCGCGCCUCACUUGGCGAGCACUGAUGACGACGGCAAAGAACUUCACAUGUUCGUUUGGCCGUGCGGGUGCUGCAAUUCUGAAGCGGUGUGUCAUCAGUCAAUUCAAGUAUGCAGCAAAGAGGAGAAGAGAAAGAAAGAAGAAGGGCUUGUGUCUGUGCAAGAGGCUUCUAUGUCAGUUGAAAUGGUAAAAAUGAUCAUGAAAAUGGUGUGGUUUAAACUUCUGGCAAAUCCAAAUACUUAUGCCAGCUUGUUGGGUCUUGCUUGGGCUCUUGUUUCAUGCAAGUGGAAUGUUAAGAAACCCCUCAUCCUGGAGAAUUCUGUGACAAUUCUGUCAAAUGCUGGCCUAGGAAUGGCCAUGUUUAGCCUUGGACUGUUCAUGGCUCUGCAACCAAGGAUCAUAGCAUGUGGGACAAGGCUUGCAGCUUAUGGGAUGUUGAUAAGGUUUUUUUUAGGCCCAGCUAUAAUGGCUGUUGCUUCAACUGGAGUUGGUCUUAGAGGCCCUAUUCUCAGAGUCGCAAUUGUCCAAGCAGCUCUACCACAAGGGAUUGUUCCAUUCGUAUUUGCAAGGGAGUACAAUCUACACCCAGAUGUGUUAAGCACAGCGGUGAUCUUUGGGAUGAUUGUGUCACUGCCCAUAACAGUGUUGUAUUAUGUGUUUCUGGGCCUCUGACAGAAUCCCUCUGAAUGCAUUCCAAGCCAUAACCACCAUGAGGGGACAACAACUUGCAUCAUACUGAACCAGCAUCCAAUUCUGAGAGAGAGGGGAAUGGCAUACGAACCAGCAUCUAAUUCUGAGUGAAAGGUGAUUGGUAGUAUAAUAACAGUGUGUAAACAAACUAUAGAGCAUGAGUCAAAUUACCAUCUGUGAAUCACACUGAAACCCGACUUUAUGGCUUCAUAAUGAGAAGAAGAUCCUCAGGUCAUGUUUUUUGAAUUGGGAUCUUGGAAAAGAAGAUUAUGGGAAUUUAAAGAGAAGAGAAGAUAAGGAAUUUUUUUUUAAUGGGAUGAUAAUGUGAAUAUUCCCACUAAAAAUUUAUGUAUGAGUCGAUCUUUUUGUGUUGAAAGUAGAGAGUGAAUGAUUGUAUACUAUGAGACUAUUUAUUUUUAUUACAAGGAGUUAUAAUUAUUCCUAA